AUGGAUAAGUCCAAGUCCACCGCAACACGCGCCACCGUAUCCGGCGGUGGAGGUCGCGUUAAACCGGACAAACAAUCACGCAAGGAUAAGAAGGAUAAGGUCGGCAAGUCGGGUGGUUCGAACAAGCGCAACAAAAAGAACAAGAAAGAUAGCCCAUCACCCAUGACCCGGGUGGUCAUUCGCCGUCUGCCACCGACAAUGACGGAAGCGGUGUUCUGCGAACAGAUAUCGACAGAUGGGGUGCUGCCGACCAAUGACGAGUUUUACUUUGUUGGGCCCGACUGGACACUCGGACAUAAUGCAUCCUGUCGGGCGUAUAUUAACUUUACCAAUCCGGAGGACGUGUUCCGGUUUACCGAUAGUUACGAUGGAUACACGUUUGUUGAUGCCAAGGGUAUGGAACAUCAGGCCGUGGUAGAGUAUGCGCCAUUUCAGAAACUGUCCAAAACUCGAUCUCGCCGAAAGGAUCCGAAAUGUAACACGAUCGAGACCGACACACACUUCCUUGCGUUUCAAGAAACAUUGGCAGCGGAAGAGCAGGAAGCGUUGCACGGUCGGGGAACGCAAGAGUUCAGCUUUAAGAUAGAGCAAGAGGAGAAAACCACGACAACACCUUUGCUCGAGUUCAUCGCACAAAGGAAGCAAGAGAAGCGCGACGAAAAGCGUCGCAAACAGGAGGAAAAACGUCGAAUGCGCGAAGAGGAACGGCAUAUGCGAAAGACGCAGAUAGCCAAAGCAAUGCCGGACAUUAUCCGUGAAGAGGUGAUUGCUGAACUUAUGGAACGGACGGUUUUGUCACGUCCGUCAAAUCCGACACAAAAUGUAGCGAAACCGGGUGGAAAUUUCACCGCCAAAGGUGGUGGGCCGGAUGGAAAGUUUAAGGAUGAUAAGGAUAAAAAGUCUAAGAAUAAGAAAGAUAAAGAGCGUAAUCGAGAUAAGCAGGGUGAGGAUACGAAAGUGUCGCAGGACGCAGGAAAAUCGGAUGGCGGUAAAAAUGCGACCGGCAGAAAGCAACAAGAGCGCGAUAAGGCUGGCAAGAAGUCGAAAGAAAAACCAAUCCGGGAUGAGCCCCGAUACAGAGAGCAGAACCAGCAACAGCCACAGAAGGGAGAGCGAAAUGAAAAAUCGAAGAAGGAAAAAGCACCGAACGGUCCUUCGGGUGGAAACGGAGAGCAAGCGUCCACGUCCAAAGCCAACACAGGUACGCCCACGAACGAUGGUUCUAACAAGAAGGAGGUAAAGAAGUACAGUGAGCGACGCAAAGAAACGCGUGCCCGUGCUGAAACACGAUUCGCUGAGCAGGACACCAGCACCGAGCCUAAUUCAGCCAAAGACGCUCGUCCGCCGGCCACCGACAAGGUGGUGGAAGUGAAGAAAAGCAUACUCACCGCCAACGUACCACCGUUCAUACCGAAGGAAAAAACCACCAUUCUGUUGGCUGGACACACGUCAACAGUGACGAACGUUCCCGUCGAUCAGAAGCUGGCUGAAAAGAUGGCCAAAGUUUCGCUGGUGGACAACGGCAAAAAGUCACCGUCGCCCGAUGGUGCGGAUUGUUCGGCAUCGGGGACAAAGCCCAAGCUGUCCGAAAAGCAGAAAGAAUUGCGUGAAGCACGCAAAAUUCGGAAUAAGGAUCGUCCAUCGAUUGAAAUUUAUCAGCCCCGCAAGCGGAUAGUGUCGGGCGGUACGGGAAAAAGUGAGGACGAUCGUGGCCGAAGCGAUUCCGAUCGUCCCUCGGACAAUGUAUCGGCCUCGGCUUCGGCAGGAGCGGCCGCUGAGUCGGGAGAGGGGGUGAAAGAACGCCGGCAUAAGCUAACGAAGAAAGCGUCCGAUCGGCAGCAGCGAGAACGAAAGAAUGGUAGAAAGAACUCGAUGGAGGCGGAUAGUAGCAAGGAAACAGCCGCAAGCAGUGUACAGUAG